AGUGGAACGCUCACAAAGGUACACAUCUACGGAAUCACCAGAGCCACUUCCGCCCACACGAAAGAUGGCGGCUCCCUUGAUGGAGAAAUUGUCGGAAUCUUUAGGUUCCCCAGAACCUGCGGUUCGACUGAUUCUGUCCGUUUUAGUCGGGUACCCCUGUGCCCUGCUGUACCGCCACUUCUUCUUCCACCAGCCACCCACUGUCAUUCACCUAUACCACGCCAUCUCCGGACUGUCUCUGGCGGCUUUCAACUUUGGUACCCAGCUCUAUCACUCUGCAUUAUGCGUCCUUGUCCAGUUCCUGAUGAUGAGGCUUAUGGGAAGGACAAUAACAACGGUCCUGGCCAGCUUUAUGUUUCAAAUGACAUACCUGCUGUCAGGCUACUACUACACAGCUACAGAAGAAUACGAUAUCAAGUGGACCAUGCCCCAAUGUGUCCUUGCACUCAAACUUAUCGGUUUGUCAUUUGAUUACUAUGACGGUGGCCAGGAACCAUCCAAGUUGAAUGAGGAGCAGAAGAGGUCAGCCCUGGCCAAAGUUCCCUCUCUGCUGGAGGUUAUUGGCUUCUCCUACUUCUACGGAGGCUUUCUGGUGGGACCCCAGUUCACACUGCGCAGCUACCAGAGGCUCGUCAAAGGGGAGCUCACCGACUGCCCCGGGCAGCCACCUAACAGUGUUAUACCUGCUAUGAAGCGGUUCUCCCUUGGCCUCCUCUGCCUGGUGAUCUACGCAAUAUUUAGUCCGCACUACCCAGAUAGCUAUUACCUAACAGACGAGUACGACGCCCAGCCGUUCUGGUACCGCUGUGUCUUCAUCCUCAUUUGGGCCAAAGUCAUCCUGUACAAAUACGUCAGCUGCUGGGUCAUAGCGGAGGGCGUUUGUAUACUCUCUGGGCUCGGCUAUAAUGGGCUGGGUCAGAAUGGCGAGUACCAAUGGGACGCCUGCGCAAAUAUGAAGGUGUGGACGUUUGAGACCACACCCCUUUUCACAGGCACCAUCGCCUCCUUCAACAUAAACACCAACGCCUGGGUGGCCAGGCACGUGUUUAAGCGGUUGAAGUUCCUGGGCAAUAAGCUCCUCUCUCAGGUGACCGCACUUGCGUUCCUGGCCAUCUGGCAUGGCACACACUCUGGAUACCUCCUCUGCUUCUCCAUGGAGUUUAUCAUCGUAAAUGUGGAGAGACAGGCCCAAGCGCUGGUGAGGGACAGUCCCCUGCUGACCCGCCUGGCCAACAGUUCCCUCUACCCCCUCAUCUACCUGGUCCAGCAGUUCAUCCACUGGCUCUUCAUGGGCUAUCCUCUGGUUCCCUUCUGCCUCUUCACCUACGACAAGUGGCUCAGGGUGUAUUCGUCCAUUUAUUUCUGCGGCCACAUAUUCUUCUUCACGUUGUAUCUAGGCAUCCCGUAUCUCCGCAAGGUGCUGGUACCUAGAAAAGAACGUAGCGAGAAAAAGGAGGACUAGGAACUACGUUGGGUCUCUGGCUGAAUCUCCACCCAGGAUGUGACUGAAGGGAACUGUGACUUUUAACUAGGAGCGGAUCAGAAAAUAUUUUAAAGCCUUUAAUAUUAUUUGUGUACACAUUUUUCUUUCUAUUUAUUUUAGUGUUUUGGACAGGACGCACGUUUUUUGGGGGACUAGGGAGAUAAAGGUACAGGAAAUAACCAUUAUGAGCCAAUCAUAAUUGUUUUCUUGAUUUUAGAAAACUUGAGAGACUGAAGUCUUGUAUACACAGACUAUUGCACUCGCCACUCACGGGCUCUGGAUCCGUAGGUGGCUCUGUUUUAUGAUCUCUCUUCCUGUUUCAACCCUCCCCUCAAGUCCAUAUACAUGGUGUAUACAAAAUAUCCUAAUAUUGAGUUGCACCCCUCCCYGGCCUCAAUUCGUCGGGCAUGGACUCUACAAGGUGUCGAAAGCAUUCC